AUGAGAGAGUGUAAGUCUGAUUACGAAUGUUGUUCGAACUAUAAACUUAUCCUUCAACAUACUCCACAAAAGAAUUGUUCUCACUCCGAUGAUGUUAAUGACAGAUCAAGAUAUCUGGAAGAAACACCACCGCAAGACAGGGUUCCUCAAAGAUGUGAUUGUGAAAUUGAAAACGCUUGUAAAGAAGACACAAUUGAAAACACUCCCAUCCAGAUCGCAACCAUUGACGAUGACAAUCAUAUCUUUAUAUCUUUGUUUAGAAGCCCAAGGAACCUAAAAGAAGCAAAAAAUGUAUUAUUAUAUAAUAUCAGUUAUCGCUCCGAGGAAGCGAGAAAAUACGAUAAAUAUUUCAGAAGAAAAUACAGUAAAACACACGUAGUAAUCAUAACACAACUAGCGACAAAACAAAAAAAGGGUUGCUCAAAUUAUUAUGUAAUCAUAAUAGUAAUAAGAGUAAUAGAGAGAAAGAUUUACUAUUGCAUUACUAUUGUAUCUCUUUGUGUAUGCGAUGGAUGGAUGGAUAGAGUGAAAAUUUUCAUUUGCAGAACUAAUAGAAUAAGGGAUAUAUAUUAUAUAUAUAAAUAUAAAGGGAGGAACAUAUAG